CCUGCGACUUGAUGGGAAGGAACAUUGUGUGGUGUGACACUUUGCUCCCUUCAGAAUUCAAUCUCUUUUAGUCCGACUUUAUCUGUGAGAAACUAAGUGGCCAGUUCUGGGAGAAUACGCCGCUCUCCCCUGUCAUGCGGGGUGGGGGAACUAUGCUUGGCUGGACAAGUUCAGGUCAGUUUCGUUCCUUUGUAGUCGCCGCCCCCACCCGGGGCAUUCUGGGAUGGGGACUCCUAGAGUAGCUGUUCUUUGACUCGGCGCUUUCCUCUGGUACUGGAAGGCACGCGCCUGCUCUACGCCGCCCCCUUUGCCGCAUAGGACGGAAAGAUAAUGUAGUUGCGGCUGAAAUGCUGCGGAAAGCUAGUGUGCUGGUCAUCUGUUUCCUAUUCUGCAUCUGUCCCCUCCGAGGCAGUUGUUAAUCCUUCAAGCCCACCCGAUUGUCUGGUUUGGCGGACAAAAACUAAGAUCUGCGUGGGACGAGCAGGACAGGUGGCAGAGUCGAAUCCCGACUGAAGGUGAAAAUUUGCGUUUCAGAUCCCCGACGCUUUAGGGCUCCUCUUCCUGAUGAGAUACAUUAAAGAUUGUCAUCUGAACAUUGUGAUAAUGUAACAAUUAGAAUACAAUCAUGUCUACUCUCUGUCCACCACCAUCUCCAGCUGUUGCCAAGACUGAGAUUGCUUUAAACGGUGAUUCACCCUUAUUAGCAGCUACUUUUGCAUACUGGGACAACAUUCUUGGCCCUAGAGUAAGGCAUAUUUGGGCUCCCAAGAAACAACAACUUCUUCUCAGUGAUGGAGAAAUAACUUUUCUUGCUAACCAUACUCUAAAUGGAGAAAUCCUUCGGAACGCAGAGAGUGGAGCCAUAGAUGUGAAGUUUUUUGUGCUGUCUGAAAAAGGAGUGAUUAUUGUGUCAUUAAUCUUUGAUGGAAACUGGAAUGGGGAUAGGAGUACAUAUGGUUUGUCGAUAAUACUUCCACAAACUGAACUCAGUUUCUACCUUCCCCUUCAUAGAGUAUGUGUUGAUAGAUUAACACAUAUUAUCAGGAAAGGAAGGAUAUGGAUGCAUAAGGAGAGGCAAGAGAAUGUCCAGAAGAUUGUGUUAGAAGGAACAGAAAGAAUGGAAGAUCAGGGUCAGAGCAUUAUUCCAAUGCUCACUGGAGAGGUUAUUCUUGUAAUGGAACUCCUUUCAUCUAUGAAAUCACACUGUGUUCCUGAGGAAAUAGAUAUCAGUGAUACUGUACUAAAUGAUGAUGACAUUGGAGAUAGUUGCCAUGAAGGUUUCCUUCUCAAUGCCAUCAGCUCCCACCUGCAGACCUGUGGUUGUUCUAUAGUGGUAGGUAGCAGUGCAGAUAAAGUGAAUAAGAUAGUGAGGACAUUGUGCCUUUUUCUGACUCAUUCAGAACGAAAGUGCUCCAGACUUUGUAGAAAUGAGUCUUCAUUUAAGUACGAAUCUGGAUUAUUUGUACAAGGUCUUCUUAAGGAUUCAACUGGAAGUUUUGUGUUGCCCUUCCGACAAGUCAUGUAUGCCCCAUAUCCCACUACACACAUAGAUGUGGAUGUUAAUACAGUGAAACAGAUGCCACCCUGUCAUGAACAUAUCUAUAACCAGCGUCGUUAUAUGAGAUCAGAGUUGACUGCAUUUUGGAGAGCUACUUCAGAAGAAGAUGUGGCUCAGGAUACAAUUAUCUAUACAGAUGAAAGCUUCACUCCUGAUUUGAACGUUUUUCAAGAUGUCCUACACAGAGACACACUAGUAAAAGCCUUCUUGGAUCAGGUCUUUCAUUUGAAACCUGGUUUGUCUCUGAGAAGUACUUUUCUUGCGCAGUUUCUUCUUGUCCUUCAUAGAAAAGCCUUAACACUAAUAAAAUACAUAGAGGAUGAUACGCAAAAGGGGAAAAAACCAUUUAAAUCUCUCCGAAACUUGAAGAUAGAUCUCGAUUUAACAGCAGAAGGCGAUCUUAACAUAAUAAUGGCUUUAGCGGAGAAAAUCAAACCAGGCCUACAUUCAUUUAUCUUUGGAAGACCUUUCUACACUAGUGUUCAAGAACGGGAUGUGCUAAUGACAUUUUAAAAGUGUAACCUUUUAAGUAUAGUUCAUAAUGCAAGUGAGUGCUGCUCUCCCACACUGUGUUCUGUACUUGGAGCUAAAAAUUAUAUGCUCUAAUCUUUAUUAGAUAAAAUAUUAGGUGAUUAUUUUAUCAAGUACACCAUUACAAAUGAGUCCCUUUUUGACAUGCACUUUUUUGGUAGGCUUUUGUUUACAGUUACAGUAAAUAUUCUUUAAUGUUAAGGUCAUAUAUAAAUUUGACCAUACCUGCUAUUUUCAUUUGAUUUAUCUCAGAAGAUUUUGUGUUAACGUUUCAAAAGUUUUUCAGUUUUUUUUCCAAAAUUAUUUUACCUGAGUGGUGUUCUCAGUCAUUUGAGAAUCAGAGCAGUUUACUAGAAUCAUUUAGAAAACAAAAGCAGAAGGUGAAUAUAAUUUAAACUUUAAAAAAUAAAAAUAUUGAUCAAACUAUUUAUUAAAACUAUAUAAUGGUUUUGUCCUUAAACUUUAUUGAAAACUCAAAUAAUAUUCAGGCUCUUUGGCUGUAGUGGAGUACCCUGUAUUUCUCACUUUAUCAUCCAGGCUAAUUGAACUAUGAACAAAAUAUGGAUAUUUGAAAUUUAUAUAUAAAACAUUUUUUUUAAUUAAGAGCUGGGGGGAAAUAUUUAUGUCUUUUACUCCUUGAAAAUAAAAAUUUGAGGGAGAAGUUAAAAUGUUCCUAUAUUUAUACUGAUCUGAUUUUGCAUUGUCUCUCUGAAAUUAUAAAAAGUUGUAUCAAAAUGCGUUAGAAGAAACCUUCUAACUGAGAGUUCUUAGUCGCUUAUAUCAUUGAGCCCAAAUUCAUGAGUUUUCUAUUUCUGAAUCAAAUAAAAAAAAAAGCAAGAAAUACUUUUUCUGUUUUUUUUAAGACAUGACUUUUCUCUUUUUCUAAGAAGCAUUCUGAACUAACAACUUUAAAUGCAUGAUAAAAGUGCAUUAGAGGACUUGGGAUUUUGCCAGUUUGUGAUUUAUAUUGGAGUCAUUGAAAUAUUAGUUUUGUAGUGCUAUUAUUUUCUUUGCUUUUGUCUUUAUCCUUACUCCAGAGCCCAAAGAUGUUAUCCACAUUUGUUUUGCUGUUUAGAUUUCCAGUGAUACUUUAAUUUUAUUCUUAGAAAGGUUUUAUUAAAAUUUCUCUUAAAGAACA